AUGCAACGUCUGGCUUUGAGCUAUGCCUGCGCUACCAGCGUCAAGCUCGAUACUUUUGAAGUGGCCAUCGAAGCCACCAUUCAAGCUACGCAGCACAUUCCCGAAGAGCUUUCGCAAAAGGGUGAGAUCUCUCUCAGCAAGCAGGAGAUCAGCCGGUACAUUGGCGAGCUCUACAUCCAGAAAAGCGCAGUCAACUUGACGACUGAUCUCCUCGACUCGCCCGAUUGGCUUUGGGACAAGCCCACUCUCGAAUCGUAUUACCAAAAGACCCGCAAGUUCCUGCAGAUCGACAAUCGCUGUGAGGUGCUCAAUAAGCGACUCGAUGUCCUGGCCAACUUGAUGGACAUCCUGCGGUCCUUCCAGACGGAGCAGCACUCCUCCCGUCUCGGUUCGUGGAUUCUCCUUGUUUGUGUCCCGUUUGAUCUGUGCUGUGGGGGCAUUUACAUACGUUUUUAA